CACGAGCGCCUUCGCCUCGCCUGCCUCUCGCUUCCGGCCUGUCCGGGCGCCCGGGGUGGGGAACAGGAAGGGCUUGCCGUUUGCAAGAUUCGCUGCCUUGCUAGCUGGAAGAACAGAGGCUCCCCUAAGCGGCUGCAUUGCUCCCACCAACGAUGCCGGCCUAUCAUUCUACCCUCAUGGACCCCGAUACCAAAUUGAUUGGCAACAUGGCCUUGUUGCCUAUAAGGAGCCAGUUCAAGGGCCCGGCGCCCAGGGAAACAAAAGACACAGACAUCAUAGAUGAAGCCAUCUACUACUUCAAAGCCAAUGUUUUCUUUAAAAAUUAUGAAAUCAAGAACGAGGCUGACAGGACCUUGAUCUACAUAACGCUCUAUAUUUCAGAAUGCUUAAAAAAGCUUCAGAAGUGUAAUUCCAGAGGCCAAGGAGAAAAAGAAAUGUAUACGCUAGGAAUCACAAGUUUCCCAAUCCCAGGAGAACCAGGAUUCCCGCUCAACGCUCUCUAUGCCAGACCCAGCAAUAAACAGGAAGAUGAGGUUAUGAGGGCUUACUUGCAGCAGCUGAGACAAGAAACUGGCCUGAGGCUUUGCGAGAAGGUGUUUGAUCCACAGAGCGACAAACCUAGCAAGUGGUGGACCUGUUUCGUGAAGAGGCAGUUCAUGAACAAGAGCCUGUCGGGACCAGGGCAGUGAAGUGGAUCCUGCAGCUGUUUUUUUUGUCCAUGCACUUUGCUGCCAGAUGUACAAAAUUUUGCUUCUCUUUUAAUAUAUGUUUUCUACCGAUAGAGAUUCAGCGCUUCUGUGGGGAAACCAUUGACAGGAAGAAAGACGGAACUGAAAUCAUGUGCAAAUCAUGUGCAAAUCUUGUUGAGCUGGAGCUUAAUUAUGACAGUAAUUAAAAAAAAAAGUGGUUUCUA